CCAUUUGCAGGGACGCGCAGGGGCAACACCGCGGUGGUCAGCGGUAAAAAGUGAACGAAGCACAGCGUCCACACGCCGUGCCCGUCUGGUUCGCUAACAGCAACGUUGUGCCAUGUAACGCAUUGCACAGACUAGCCUCAGGUCUCCCCGCCAGACCAACUGGCGUCUCCAAAGAGUACAUGAACGCUGCACACAGCCCGCCCUGGCCAGGAGAUGCAUCACACAACGCACGUGUGUCGGGGCAGGCGAAAGCGAGAAAGACAACGUCGAGCGGCGUUCAUUGCCCGCUGGCAUGCACGUGGCAGCCGCUGCUGCCGCAACGACGACGACGAAGCAGGCGCGGAGACGGGUGCAGCUGCCGCCAGGGGUUGUCGAAGAGAAACGUUCGAAACAACCAGCCGAGGCCCGCGGUGAGUGCGCGCAGGAGGAACCCUGACCGAAGCAGCAGCAGCGGCACUGGUUUGAGCACCGUGGCGCAGGCCAUCAGCAUAAAGGAGCGUCCAUCGUAACCAUGAGCAGCUCGACCACGACCGGCGGCUACGUCCUGUCGGGACGCAUCUUCGUGGGCGGCCUCGACAGCGCCAUGGCGCGCGAGGACCUGGAGCGCGAGUUCGGCAAGUACGGACGCCUCAAGGAAGUCUGGAUGGCGCAGAACCCGCCGGGCUUCGCGUUCGUCGAGUUCGAGGACAUGUCGUGCGUCGACGAGGCGGUGCGCGAGAUGAACGGUGCCAUCGUCAACGGUGCGCUGCUGCGGGUCGAGAGGGCUCGAGAUAAAGCGAGGACGACGCGCGGUGCUGGAGCCAGCGGGGUCGGACCCUUCAGGCCGCGGUCGCGCCGAGGUGGCGGAGCAGGGGCCGCGGCGGGCAUGUACCAGCAGGCCGGCCUCGAACGCAAGAUGAUGCGCCGCGCUCCGACGCCCACCGUCGGUGCGGCGUCCAGUCCCCCGGAGUCGGCGCCGCCGAUGCCCACUGGUUUCGCUCUUGGUGCGUCACCGGGUGUCGCCGGCUACGGCUACGACUACGCCGCUGCCGCAGCCGUCUCCAAUCCGUACGCCACGGCCGCAGCCUACGCGCCGGCCCUGCCGGCACCCACGGGCUGGGAGGCACCGUACGGGGCCACGUACUACGCGGCGCCUGCGCCGGGGUACGCUCCCUACUACGGCGAGUACUACGGGAUGCCGGCGAACAUGGCGGCGGCUCCGAUGCCCGUUGCAGACCCGACGGCGGCGGCGGCGCUCUACCAGCCACACGACUACGGCCAGAUGUAGGGGCCCAGAACCACUAACCCCGCCACGGUGUAGGAACAGUGUGUGUGUUGUGUGUGUGUGUGUUGACAUAAAAAGAAAGGGCCUCUUUUGCUUGCACUUGA